AUGAAUUCUCUUUUCAACUCUGCUUUGAAGCAGUCCUCCGCCAUUCGCCGUGACCUGGACCUGUUUGCCCAAUCCCCCGCCACCUCCACGCCCGCUCUCCAAGGCCAGGUCGCCGCAUCACUGGCAUCCCUAUCGCGGACGGUGGAUGACUACUCCGCUCUGUCCAAGAAGGAGCUGAUCCCCGAGAAGCAGGAGAAGGCAUUUGAGCGAGUCAAGAACUUCCGCACCGAACUCGCCGAUUACCGAACCCAGUUUGACCGACUACGAAAAGAGCGCGAGGAGGCCCAAUCGGUCACCAACCGCAGCGAGCUUCUCGGCCGUCGGCCCCAUCAUACCGCAACGCCAGAAAAUCCUUACGCCCAGUCCGCCCUUCCAUCCUCUUCACCAUUUGCCCCCUCUUCGGGGCUCAGCUUUGGUGCGGGCCCGGCUAAUUACAGCCGUGAGAGCCAUGCACUGCGCGAACAAUCGUUCUUUGCUAGCACCAACAACCAGCUGGAUGACUUCCUGGAUCGGGGGCGAGCAGUGCUGGCGGAUCUGGGCCAGCAGCGAGAAGUGCUGAAGGGGACUCAGCGCCGACUGUAUAGCGUGGCCAACACCCUCGGAAUCAGCGGAGAUACGAUUCGGAUGGUGGAGCGACGGGCACGGCAAGACAAGUGGAUCUUCUGGGGCGGCGUGGUGGUGUUUUUCUUGUUCUGCUGGGCGGUUCUGCACUUCCUGCGAUGA